AAAGAGUCAAACUUUCCAGUCAACGACAAGACGCCCCUUAAAAGAAUUUGACACAUCUUAAUGAACAUAUCCAAAUUGUUUGUCGAAUGUUCGACUUAAGACAAGGUUCCUAUUGUACCGGCUAAAGCUGAUAGCCCGAGACAGGAAUUUUACGGUGUGCGUGUCACAGAUUACCAUACCUUGAUAGGGGAGCUUACUCUAUAGGGAGAUACCACUUGGACGACAGAAUUAGCACGAGUGACGUAGCGUAUAAAAACCACUAAAAACAGACGCUGAAGAGUUAGGCACAUGCUAGUUUUUAUACGUUGAAAUCACGUCUGGUAUCUUGCUAAAAGGGUUGAAAAUGUGACAACCACAGGCACAAACUGACAUCCGGAAACAGCACGAAUGACAUGACUGUCAUUUACGCAUAGAAACCAAUGCAAACAUGAGUUGAGAGUCCUUUGUCAAAUAUAUUUGGAAGACAGCACUUUAAACCUACUUAAAGGUUAACUUAAAGGACAGAACUGACACGAGAAUUAUAAAAGCCAGGAUGCCUAGAGAAACCACAAGAAGCAGAUACUGACAUUUUAAGGAUUAGAGAGUUGUCUCUCAAAAACACCCAGAACACCAGUAAUGAGCGACGUAGGUCAUCUGUAUCAUGACGCCAGCCAUGGCGCUAUAUUGGACGUCAAAGAAUUUCUACGCACAAGAAAGACGAAUGCUAGAGAAGAGAAGCAUCUCAAAGCCCAGACAAAAGUUAUUGACAGAGCAAUAGACGUCACAAGACGAAAACACCGCCACGAAAAAGCCAGCGUAAAAAAUGAUCUCAGUGAUAUUUUGGCACGAACGCCUUCCUUGGCUGCAAUACGACCAUUUUCAAGCUCUGCCGUGGCACUUCUCAGAGAAAACGAGCAGUACCAUAACAGACAGAGAAGAAAGGGCAGUUUACCAGUGUCUGCUAAAGAGUUGGGUGUUGCAGCCGGUGCUGCCGGUUCUGUGAUCUCCGCCACGAAAAGCCUUCCCGCCAUACCGACAGCCUAUUCUAACAGUGAACGCAGGCCGAGGACUGUUGCGCAUGCACCGAGCCGUACGUGCUCAGACCUUUCUUUCGAAUUUAGCAAUUUUUCAAUAAAGACAAGCACCCUUUACAAAAUUAAACGAGUCAAUAACAUAUCGAAAUCUCUAAGUGUUUUGUACGCAAAGAUGUCCAACGACGAAGACAGAUACAGGAAGAUGCAUAAAGCCCACGCGGAUCUGUUGGAAAGGUUCAAAAAGGCUGAAGAUAACGAAGCCUACCAAAUCGCUAAAAUAGUUCUGAAAAACAGUAAGUACAGAUCUCUUGUUGAUAAGAACUACGACCCCCAGAUUUCAGACGACGAAAAGACAGCGGACGAUUUGGAGAAAGCAUCUGUAGAUUUAAAGACAACAAACAUGUCGUUAAAGGAAGAAGAUGACCAGUUGAACCAGGAGGGGGAGAUUGAAAAAACAUUUAACAGUGCUAAGCGUCUUUCUAUCAAGUCUCGCAGUAGUGCGCCUAAUUCACGAGAAACUCACUUCUCAGAACCUGUGACUAAAGCUGGGAGUGGAUCAAGUGGAUUUUUGAAACAACUUGUCGAAGACUUGGAAAAAGAAGAUUCAUCACUAGACGGUCGCGAUCAUCUUACAGAAAAUACUAUCGAUUCGCCUUCUAAAGUACUAUUACCAGGAGAAAGUGGAAUCUCAAAGCUACCUGAAAUAUGGAAACGCGAUAUUAAACCGGAAAAAACGAAGGAAAAGAAAAAGGUCGUUAACAGGGUAACAAUUGGAGGAAGAAUAAGAAAAACCACAUACACACCUUAA